CUGGGAGCAGCCAGCGGCUCAACGCUCGCACUCCUGCCUGGCAGCCCCACCGCGCUUAUCUCUCCACUCCCACCGCCGCCCAAGGGCCCCUAGUCGCCGCCACCAUGGACGCCAUCAAGAAGAAGAUGCAGAUGCUGAAACUCGACAAGGAGAACGCCUUGGAUCGAGCCGAGCAGGCGGAGGCCGACAAAAAGGCAGCGGAAGACAGGAGCAAGCAGCUGGAGGACGACAUCGCGGCGAAGGAGAAGCUGCUACGGGUGUCGGAGGACGAGCGGGACCGGGUGCUGGAGGAGCUGCACAAGGCGGAGGACAGCCUCCUGGCUGCCGACGAGGCCGCCGCCAAGCUGGAAGAUGAGCUGGUGUCGCUGCAAAAGAAACUCAAGGGCACUGAAGAUGAACUGGACAAAUACUCCGAGGCACUCAAAGAUGCCCAGGAGAAAUUGGAGCUAGCGGAGAAAAAGGCCACCGACGCUGAAGCCGAUGUAGCUUCUUUGAACAGACGCAUCCAGCUGGUUGAGGAAGAGUUGGAUCGAGCUCAGGAGCGUCUGGCCACAGCUCUGCAGAAGCUGGAGGAGGCAGAGAAGGCUGCAGAUGAGAGUGAGAGGGGCAUGAAAGUCAUUGAGAGCCGAGCCCAAAAGGAUGAAGAGAAGAUGGAAAUUCAGGAGAUCCAACUGAAAGAGGCCAAGCACAUUGCUGAAGAUGCCGACCGCAAGUAUGAAGAGGUGGCCCGUAAGCUGGUCAUCAUUGAGAGUGACCUGGAACGUGCAGAGGAGAGGGCUGAGCUCUCAGAAGGCAAAUGUGCCGAGCUUGAAGAAGAAUUGAAAACUGUGACGAACAACUUGAAGUCACUGGAGGCUCAGGCUGAGAAGUACUCACAGAAGGAAGACAAAUAUGAGGAGGAGAUCAAAGUCCUUUCUGACAAGCUGAAGGAGGCUGAGACUCGGGCUGAGUUUGCAGAGAGGUCAGUGACUAAAUUGGAGAAAAGCAUUGAUGACUUAGAAGAGAAAGUGGCUCAUGCCAAAGAAGAAAACCUUAGUAUGCAUCAGAUGCUGGAUCAGACUUUACUGGAGUUAAACAACAUGUGAAAACCUCCUUACCUGCGGCCACAGUCUUUCUUUUUGUUGUUUCAUUUUGUUUUUAAAUACCUGCUUACCAUGAAACCCCUUGAGUACAUUUUUAUAUACUUCUUCCACUGUCACUACCACUGUCACUAAAACAUCUGCAAAGAACCAGCUAGGGCAGGGGGUUGGGAAAGACACAAAAAUGCAAGCGCAUAUUGGGGCACUCGUGAUUUAAAUGUGCCAUUUCCCAGAUUGACAUUGCUACACUUUGUAGAGUUUAGCCAUGAAGUUUGCUUAGCCAGUGUAGGAAUCCUCAUGAAAACAGAAUUUCAAUCAGAGUGCCAAUGGUGGGUCACUAGGGAGAUUGAUGUUGGAGACAAUCAGCUGCAGAUUGGUGCUACUUUAAACAAAAUGGCCCCUUUAGGGUCUUUUGUUCAAUAAUGUACAAUUUAGACUGCUGUCCAACACUAAUUUAUUUUGCCUUGAGUUUUGCUGCAAGAGGAGACUCUGGAUUUCGUUUGUCUGUAUUCAUUAGAGCCACAUUCCUUUCCAACUGACACACUUGCCGCUCAUUCCAGCUCUAGCAUUCAAUGUGGACUCUCACUCUGACAUGGAGAUUAGGCACUACAUAUGUAAUUGGUAAAGAAAAGCAUUUUCUUAAGAGUUAUAAGUACAUGUAAACACUGUAUAAUGAUAUGGAAUAAAAUACACAUUGUAGGACAUUUUCUAA